CGGUGCGGGGGGCGGGGCUGAACCGCCAACACUUUCAUAACAUUUUAUUACAACACCUCGAUUCACGGGUUAUGGAUGAAUAAAAGAUACAUUAUUCACCUGCAAGAGUUGAAGAAGAUUGGAACAAACGGCUGCUUGUUUUAAGGCUACGAUGGCUUCAGCUGUGGCCAACAGAGCCAUAGGGGCCAUAGUGGGAUCUGCUGUUGCAGAUGCUGCAGCGCAGCCUCUCCACUGGGUGUAUGACCUCCAGAAGCUGAAGGGGAUUUUGGCCGAGGAUCCAAACCCUGAGUUUCGCGCGGAGUCGGCCAACCCCUUCUACAGGAGGCAGUCGGGCCAACAGAGUUGCUACGGAGACCAGGCAUUUGUCCUGCUGGAGUCCCUGUCUGAAUGUGAAGGACUAAAUGUUGAAGACCUGAAGCAACGCAUACUGAAAUUUUUUGGACCAGGAUCCGAGUACGACACACCUAUUAAUGAUCCGUACAGACAAAAAGGAGGGCCAAGACCUCAGCUGCCCAUUGACGGACCAUGGAGACAAGGAAGUUUGAAGGGCUUCCUAAAGAACGUAGAUGCGGGCAAAGAGGAGACGGGCUGUGAAAACGACUGUCAGAUUGAUGGAAUAGCCAAACUGGCUCCCAUCGUGGCUUUUUAUGCAGGUAAGCCUGAGAUGCUGGAAAAAGUCGAACAGGCCACCCGCGUCACCCAGAACAACGAUGAAUGUGUAGCAGAAACUCUGGCGGCUGCAAGGUUUCUGGAGCAUUUCAUCUUGAAUGGUCCGGAUCCACAAGCUUUGGAUGCGGUGCUGAAACAAAUGGGUGACCCAAAAAGAAAUCAGCCUCAGGACCUGGACAGAGCAGCUAUUGGACACAUUCAUCAGGUGAAGGAGAAUUUAUCCAAGUCACCACAGGAAAUAAUCCCGACUGUGUUUCCAAACACCUGAGGUUUGCCAGGUGCAUUUCAGGCAGCGCUGCACGGAGUCCUGACGGCUGAGAAGUACGAUACAGCCAUCAGAGACACCAUGAGCUGCGGGGGAUGCACCUGUAGCAGAGGAUCCUUCAUCGGAGCAUGUCUUGGAGCUCAGAUGGGGGUUGAAGGAAUCCCAGAAUCCUGGAUGACCAAAACCCUGCGGUACAACUUGGUGUUAGAGCAUGCCAAGAAGAUUACCAAACACCUUGAGUAGUUGUGGAGGUUACGGUGUGAUAUAAGAACCUUGAAGAACUUUUUGAGCUUUUUCAGAGCAGUAAAUGAAGGCUUUUGUCUAAACUUUUAUAAGGCAAGAGCUAGAUGGUUUUGUUCUGAUAGAGUUAAACAAGCUUCUUCAGAUGUUCUGUAACUUUGGUUUUCUUCUUUUUUUUUUCAUGUUUUAAAAAGACCAGAUUGAGAACAAAAUCUAUUACUAUGUUACACUUCCAGUUCAAGUAUAUUAACUUUUCCUAGUGUUUGUAUUCAUUCCAACAUGUGCAAUCACAUCCAUCUAAUAUUAGUUACAUUAUUUUGUUUUCCUGCGAUAAAACGUUGUCUACUUUUAUAUUGUCAUUUGUCCCCACCAAGUGAAAUAAGGAAAACUCAGUCUAGAAUUUUUUUUGUUAUAACAAUGCCUUAAUUAUCUGUGGUAGCUCCUCAAAUGGUCCUGAUGGUGUAAGUGAUUAUGCCUCUACAGUUCAACACUGUAGACGUCACUCAGCUGUGCCAAACCUGAGAAAUGAAAGCUGAGGAUGAACGUUUUAUUCCACUCAGUGUAAUUUUACAUUGUGUAACUGGUAUAUUUUGAAUGCAAAUAAAACCACAGCUACCUUUAAUGCCAA